UGCGGCGGGCCGACGACGUUCGAUGCCCGGGCGGACCGUGGGUGGAGCACUUACCGCUGGUCGUGCAAGACCGUCGGGCACAAGCACUUCUGCGAACCUGUGAACUCGCAUGACUUCUUCAUUAAGGUCCCCGUGAAUUCGUGGAUGCUUUUCCUGCACUUGAUCAACAACUUCCGCUUGGGGCGCAAUUUCAAGGGCGCCCAGGACGAGAUGGCCAACCUGUUCGGCGAACUUCACAGGAACACAAUCUCCGCUUGGAAGCCGUUCUACCAGGAAUGCCUGGGGAAAGCGCUGCCUGCGUUGGACGCCCUCAUGGACCGCCAAGCUGGCGCGGAAGCGGAUCCUGCGCGGUUGCCAGCGCGAACGGUCUACGACGCCCAGCAAGUGCAGAAGGGCCCCCUCGAGCUCAAGAGCAAGCCGAUGAAGGGGCCGACGGAGAAGCCGAUGAAGACCCCCCCCCCGCGGAAGAACGCGGCCAUUCGUGGGGGGCCCGCCGCCGACCUGAAGAGCAACGUCCGCUGGCUCUGGGUCGCC